AAAUUUAGAAGUCAUAGCCUUCCGCAAGUUCCGUGUGUGUUGCGGAAAAAUCCCUUUUUGGGCGUCCGACCACAUGUGUGAAUUGUGAACGAAAUAUGGUUCUGUUGUGAUUUUACGUUUUAAAAACACAUUUUCGCCUAGAACAGUACACGUCAUCGGUCAAUACGGUACGUGCGGCCCGUUCAGUGUUGAAAAAAAGUUGGAACGAGCCGACGGAAGUGAAUUUUUUCGAUGUAAAUACGCUUCGGCCAGGGUCAGUGCGGUGUGCUCACUAAAACGCGCAUAUAGCCACGGGAACGCGUGAUUUUGUGUUCUGUUUGUGUUUUUGACCUUCACGGCGACCGAUCGGGACGUAUAUCGGUAUUCGGCGUCGAAACGAAUUUGUUGGGUUAACCCAACAUGGCUUGUUGAGGCAUGGAGGCGCGCUCGUGAUCCCCUCACGGCGCGGAGCGCGCGCCCGGCCUUACAUAAGCGACGGCAGCGGCGGCAUGGCCGCGCGCGUCUCGGCCGAGGGCGCAGGGCCCUCGUACGCAUCCGUCCUCAACUUUAGAGGUGCUGAGAGCAACAAGGAAAACAUUGAGCUAGAACCGCCUAGCGAGGAGGCGGUGGACGCGCCGCCGCGGCCCGACGACGAGGAGGAGGAGGGCUUCGUGCCGGUGAUCUCGCACGCGCGCCGCCCGGGCAAGGGUCGCCGCGACCGCGAGCGCAAGGCGCCGCAGCGUCCGCACAAGGGCGCCGCGCAGCCGCCGCAGACGGAGCCCCAAACCUCCCAGGAGCAGCAGCAGCAGUCGGCCGAAUCCCAGCCCAAGAAGUUUGUUGAAGCGCCCAUACCCAAAGUAAAUCCGUGGCAGCACUCGGCUUGUCCUCAGGUGAGAGGCGGGAGCACGGGUGCUCCGCCCCCGGCGCCGCCAGCGAUCGUCGAGCAGGAGAAGAGAGCGCCACUGCAGCCGCAGCAGCAGGGCAGGGCGCAGCAGUUGCCAGAACCGGUGGCGGUGCCUCCACCGCCAGUCGUCAAGCCGGCGAUAGUCAAGCCGCCGAAGAACCCUAAGAUCAUUCAGAAGGCGUCAGACUUCACCGACAUUGGCGAUUGGCCGACGCUUGGCGCUGUGGCAGCUUCGAGAUGUCACUCCACACCACCACACGAUGCGGACUCCUCGCAUCACAACGGCAACGCGGAUCAGGAACGGAAGCCGUUGGAGGAGCACCAUCCCCAGCAUCAGCACAAUCAGCCGAAGGUUGAGAAGGUGGAGCCUACUCAAAACCACCACGGGCACAACGACAAACACCACGACAAGGCUAAGAAUUCAGGCGCGGGCAAGGGUGGCAGCAAAUCGGGCAAGCACAAAUGGGUGCCCCUGGACAUAGACGUGAAAGCAGCUAGACCUGGCAAGCACGGACCUCCGCAUGGCGCCAGGCCUGAUAAUGACACGGUAUCGCUGAACGGCGAGGAGCGCUCGCGCGGCUCAGGUCGAGCGAGGGGCGCGGGGCGCGGCGGCGCGCGGGGCGGAGCGCGGCGGCCGACCGCACGUCCAGCCUCCGCGCUGCCCUCGCUGCCGGCGCACCACCACCACCACGUGUUCCACCACCACGAGUUCGCGCACCACCACGACUUGGCGCAGGUACGCGUCGGUCAAUCGGUCAGCGGCGUUGCUCAGGGUCUGGUGGUGCCGUACCCUGGCCUGGCGCUGGGUGCCGGGCUCGGAGCAGGCCUCGGAGCUGGAUUAGCCCAGGCGUAUUACUACGGUGCGGCGGCGGCGACUGCGGCGCCGUACGGAAUCGGACUAGACCAGGGCACGCUGAAGGAUUUGAUCAAGAAACAGAUCGAAUACUACUUCAGCCCGGACAACCUGGCGCGCGACUUCUUCCUUCGCCGCAAGAUGGCCGCCGACGGGACCAUCCCCGUGACGCUUAUAGCUUCGUUCCACCGCGUGCGGGCCCUCACCGGAGACAUGCAGCUGAUCAUAGAAGCUAUACGGGAUUCUGACAAACUGCAGCUUAUCGGCGGGUUCAAUGUACGAACCGCCUUCGAGCCGUUAAAAUGGCCCAUACUAGACAUAACGUCACCAACAAUCGAAAACGAUAAGAUUCGAGCGAUCGACGCCGAGAAGCCGAAAGCCGAAGACUCAAAAGACAAGAGCCCAGAGCCGGAAGUGAUCGAGGGAGAAGCUGGUGAGGGACGCGAAGGAGAGCGAGAAGAUCGAGGCUCCGAGCAUAGAUGGGGAAGAAAGAAGAUGGAGCAGCAUGUGGUGGAUUCAGAGACUGAUAACGGUGCUAAAAUUGAUGAAACAGAGAUUCCACCUGAAGAAAUGAAAGAGGUAAAAGAAGAAAAAACAGAGAAACAAGAGACGGAUGAUAAGAAAUCUGAUUCGAACGAAGAUCCACCGCUGCAGUCGGAGAGUGUAGAAGAGAAACCCGGAGAGAAACGGCGAAAGAAGCAAAUGGUGGGCAUUUUCCCGCUGGCCACGAUGGGGGGUCCGCUGGUCGCGCCCGUGUCGAGUUUGUUGAGGGCCGUGCCCCCGCCGCCGCUGCCAAGGAUGUUCCGCAGCACUCGCGGCGCGGGGGGCGCGGGGGGCGCGGCACCGGCGGCCGGCGUGGCUGUGAGUGCAGGUUCGAAUGCUGCUGCAGCACACAACGACCAUCUCAACCCAGACGUGCCUGAGUUUGUGCCGCAGAACACCAGGAAAGAAGAGUCGAGCGAUAAAAUGGAUCAAAACGACGGCACUCCCGGCUCGGGACCUCUGAGCCCAAAUUCCGAACAAAACACUGACGCUUGGACUGAGGUGAAACGCCGCACGAAGGCGGGGUCUCGGGAGCGCGCGCCGGCGCCGGGCGCUGUAGCCGCCGCCGAGCCGCCCGACGACGAGCCGCGCGAGGAGCUGCACUUCCAACUCGACGAGGAGCUAGACCUGCCGCCGCCCCGCCACAACACUUUUACUGAUGCUUGGUCCGACGAGGAAUCAGACGCGGAGUUCACCGAUCGCGAUGUGGGCCGUCUUCUGAUCGUGACGCAGACGACUGCGCGUGCGCACAAGCACGAUGGACACGACCGUCAAGGUGACUGGACCACGCGCACAAAGAUCACCCAGGAUUUGGAACAGGUGAUCACCGACGGCUUAAGAAGAUACGAAGAGGACUUAUGGAAUGAUACGGAUUAUACAUCAAACGUGGGCGCGGCGUCGUCGUACCGCACGGUGUCGCUGAUCUCGCGCGAGCAGUUCGAGCAGGCCGUGCCCACCGAGCGCCACCGCAACCCGCCCGACCCGCCGCCGCCGCCGCCGCACAGGAACAUGGAGCUGCCCGAGCAGGCGGGCGGGCCGGUGAAGCGGCCGCGUCGCACGGCGCGCUUCUACGCGGCCAGCAAGGACCCGCACGCCACCGACGUCAUAAGCAGCAGGAAGCACAAGACUAGACACAGCCUCAACCCGCCCGUGGAGCAUCACAUCGGGUGGAUCAUGGACGUGCGCGAGCACCGACCCCGCACACACAGCACCGGGUCGUCGCUCGGCACCUCGCCGACGCUAGGCUCGUCGUGCGGCUCCGUCCCGCAAUCGCUGCCCACCUUCCACCAUCCGAGCCACGGACUACUCCGAGAGAACCACUUCACGCAACAGGCGUAUCAUAAAUACCAUUCUAGGUGCCUUAAAGAACGCAAGAAGCUCGGUAUUGGGCAGUCGCAGGAGAUGAACACGCUGUUCAGAUUCUGGUCGUUCUUCCUUCGGGAUCACUUCAAUCGGACCAUGUACAAUGAAUUCAGGAUGUUGGCGAACGAGGACGCCGCGGAAGGCUUCCGAUACGGCCUAGAGUGUUUGUUCCGUUUCUACUCGUACGGGCUGGAGCGCAAGUUCAGACCUGAGUUGUACCAGCACUUCCAGCAGGAGACCAUCGCUGAUUACGAGAAAGGCCAAUUAUACGGACUAGAGAAGUUCUGGGCGUUCCUGAAAUACUACAAGCAUGCCAGCGCGUUGCAGGUGGACCCAAAGCUGGAAGGGUUCCUGGACAAAUUCCAGAGCAUCGAGGACUUCCGUGUGCUUGAGCCGGCGCUGAACGAGUUGCUGGCGGCGGCGGGCGGGCACGCGCCGGGCCGGCCGCACGCGCGCCGCUACGAGCGGCACCGCUCCGUGUCCGAGAGCGAGCGCCGCGCACACUACAAUCGCAGCGGUGGCGGCGGCGGCGGCGGCGGCGGCAGCGUGGGCGGCGGCGCGCAGGCGCACGGCGCGGCGCACGCGGCGCUCCCCGCCAGCAGCAACCGCGGCCGCGCCGGCUCCUGCGGCGCGCAGAGCGUCGUCGCCGACGCGCGCCCCCGCGUGACAUCCAAGAAGACCGACCGCCCGCAGGCCGAGUCGACGCAGUAAUACAGCGCAGUUAGUGUAAAUAACGUUCACGUUGUGAGACCAGACGUUAAAAGUGAUGUGUGCUACUUAAAAUUAGUUUCGUUACGCAUUUUAUAUAAAAGUGUUGACUCGCGCGUGUGUGGUGUGCGCGAGGGAUGCGGCGCUGUGCGCGUCAACGCACCGACACGACGCGACGACGCCGACACGACAUUGUCGUGAGCCACCACACGACGUGUGCGCACGUCACGGGCGCGCGUAACGUGACGUCACACGCCCGCGGCUCGCGCCGGGGACUGGGUUCGACACCUUGGCAUGGCAUAGAGAAAACGCCAUAUUCAGUAUAAUAGUAUUGGCUCGAUAGUAACAAUCGUAAAGUCGUAUCGAUACUGGUAAAUUUUUAGAUCGAUAGAAACGAUCCCAAUAGCUUUUUUUGGAUCCGUGGCGAAAAUUUACCAAUCAGAGCAAUUGUAUGGACACGCUCACAAAUGAUUUGCUUUGAUUGGUCUAUUUUUGGCAUCGGAUUGAAUAAACUGGCCCUGAUUGGUUCGCUGUCGAUUCAAAGUUUAAAAUCGUCUGAAAUAAGCUCUGUAUCACGGAUAUAUCGGUUAAACUGUGUGCACACACAAGGAAUCGAACCAUAGUCCGCGACGCGACGCCGCGGGCACGCCGUGCGCUUUCUAAAAAAUAAUUAUGAUAUUUUUUUUUUGGUCGGUUAAUUUUGUUUUUAGUGUUUACAAUAGGUCGGACUGCCUUCUAGGUUUAGACUUCCGAUUAUGAAAUAUAGUUUACGCGUUUCCCGUUCGAGUCUAGUACUCUUGUCGGAGUCUUGUGUCAUCAAGAUCAGCAAAAGCCACGUUAGAGAAAUCAAUUGUUGCUAGCAAUGAUCGUACGCAACGGCGAGGCAAUUCUCGCUCACGUUGACGUGUGAAAUUCAACCGUUUAUUGCUUGCAAUAAUUGCUUUAUCUAACAGCGGUUUUCAAUAAACAAUUUUAAUCCGAUUCGGUAAAUGAACCGGUCAAAACUAAUUUGUAUUGUCAAUAACUCUGUUCUGAUAGGUUCAUAGUGUGGUGGGAAUUGUUUAUUGAAAAAUGUCGAGUCUUGACAAGUCUCAGACGCAUUCGUCGAGUCCGCGGACUCCCGAGCCCCGGGAUUCGUUAGCUAUUCACAGUUCUUUUGUAAAUAUGACUCGAUUGUUAUGGUUGCUUGUUUAGUAAAAAAAAUAAAAAAUAAAAAUAAUUAAAAUAAUGGUCAUUAAUCGCAAAGUUUAGGUACGGACGGUGUUCUAAAUACAUUUUUACAUUUAUUAAUUAUUAUUAUUCAUUAAAAUGGUAAGUUCCUAAAUGAUAGUGUUUACGGUCGAUAUGUGCUAUUUGGUAUUUUUUUUUUAGGUUUUUUUUCUUUUAUUCGUGUUUUUUUUUUGUUGUUUUUUUUUCGAUUUCGCGCGGUCACACGCGAGCGUUGGUUGCUGUUGUUUUGAUUCGUUGUUUUAUUUGGCUUAUUGCAGUAAUAUAUAGCUGUUUGACUGCAUAUUAUGCGUAUUAGUGUAGCUUCUAAUACCAUUUAAAGUUGAUCAAAUUAAACCAUUUCAUGAGUUGACCAAAAAAAACACUAUAAACUCACCUCCAAGGCUAAACUAACAAAUGAAUCAAAAUAACGGCUUCCAACGACACCUAACUAACUAGACAGGGUCUGUGGAAGCUUUGAACAGAGGUCUGUAGACCUCACAGCAGUCUCUGAGGUCCCACUGACCCUAAAACUUGAAUGGUAAAAAUGUUAACGGUGGACGUGUUGUGUCAGAAGUAGAUGCUUAGUAUUUUGUAAAAAAGAAAUCUAAGUAAUUAUAAAAACUAUGUGAUGAUAAUAAUUUUAAUAAAAUCACAUUUUCAUUGCUUUUAAUUCAGACAAAUAUAACAAUAAUAAGCAGCUCUAUUAAGGCUUCAUAAAAAAAAUAAUUUCAAUAUUUUAUGUAGUCAAUUCCAAAUGUCAAUAUCCUUCUGUAACCACAACGCGUCCACCUGAAAAAAUUAUAACGGAUGUAAAAUCACGCGAACAUGUUGAGAUUAUGCUGUAUUUGCUGUUGGUGGGGACAAAUAUUAGUGACCAGCUUUUGAUUGCAGUUCGCUCGGCAGUUAUUAAGGGAUAACAAGUCAAUAGCAUUCGGGAGUAAUGUAGCUUACUUAUUGAAAGAAUUUUCAAAAUUGAUUCAGUAGUUUUUUUAUAACAGCACGACAAAGUCACCCCGUUUCACCUGGAUAAGUGGGGGUCCAAUAGAAUGUCGACUGACGAGAGAUGAUUACCCCUCAGUCGACACAAUUAUGCCUGUUGGAACUGUAUAUACACAGGCUGAUCCCGGAACGCGACACUCGUGGGCCACUAUGGCGGGUUUUAACGCCUUGUGUACGGUCGCUAUCCAGGCGGAUAUAAAAUACAUCCUACCACCAGCAAAUGAGUCAUCAGCUAACUAUAUUGCCAAACUGUCAUUAUAAACAUACCGCUAGAUAUUUUUGGCUAUCAACAGCAGAUAUAGGUAAUUUUAACGUGUGGCGCGAUGCUUGGAUUUUCUAAUCGUGGAGAACUGUUCAUUACAGGACUGGCUGAAUGUAAAUUGUAUGUAUGAUAUGGCAACACUGAAGUUAGGCUGUCAAAGAUUUGGCGGAAUAUUUGAAUUUGUAUAUUGCAGUAAUUUGAUAAAUUUUGCUAAGUGAGCGUUAGAAAUUAUCAAAAUUUACAACAAUGAUUGAUGUCAAGGUGUAACCGAAAUUCAUUUCUACUAAUUUGGUAGAAAAUAAAAUUUCUACCAAUACAUUAUUGGCAAGUAUGGAGAGUAAUACAAAUUUAAUAUUACAAAAUAACUUGUUAGACGACUUACUCGCUUGUUGUAUAUAACACCGACUUGUCCGUUAAACAGUUUCUCCAAAACGAUAUGUAAAUAACUUAGGAUACUUGUAACCAUGGUAAGUAAGGCGAAGGAGCGUUUUAAAAAACGCCGAAAAUGUGUAGCGUUUUUAUUACCGCGCAACAUAGUAAAUUUCAUCGUUGCGUACAAAUAUGACAAUAUAGCUAACUCACGUUAUAGCUGUGGAUAUUUUAGUUUAAUACGCAGAAAUAUAGUUGUCUCGCUCACUCAUAUAAUUUAGAAUGAAAGAGGCGAUCAUUGGCUGGCCAAUCAGGAAAUAGACAAUAAUGUUUGCAUUUUAUUUUGUUUUUCGCUAUUACGGCCCUUUCAUUCUAAGAGGUUAAGAUCCCUAAAGUCUAUCGUUUAGUAAAUCUUCACGUUGCUAAUUAAUUUUACGGUAAUUAUAGUCUAUUAAUGCUUUUAUCGAUAGUCAAUCGAACGAUAUGUCGCGUUACUAGCUUAUUUUCGAUGUAGUUUGCACAAUUUAUCGACUAUUACAAAUAUAGUGGUUUUCUACGUGAUUGAAUGAGAUGUCGAACUGGUUCAUAGGUACGCGUUUUUAAAAACGCCUGUAAAUCAAACGAUUAUCGCAGCGUUUUUACUGCCGUUUUUACACAUUAAAACGCCAAUGCGCAAGUGUUCAAAUAAAGCAAUAAUACUUGACGCCUUACUCAGGAAAGUAAAUGAAGUUUAAAAAAAUACUUAAUUCAUUAUUCCGCCCACGUAAAAGUGCGGCCCAAUUAUGCUAGGCAGCGCCAAGAGAAUAGAAAUAUCUCUAUGUGGCUUGUACUGAACAACAUUAACUCCAAAAAAGCGGAUAUGACCAUCAAAUGUUGUUAUUUUCUUGGUCAGGUUAUUCAUAUAAUAAAGCAUAAAAGUGAAAUAGACGCCGUAUAGCUGAAAUGGAACGAAUAUUUCACUUAAUACCACCACCUUUUCCCUUCAGUGGUAGGCAGGGAUGUGAAAUAUUUCACCAGCUAUUUAAGUUCCAUGUAAUUAAAGGCGAUUUUAUAUAUUUUCUGAGCAUUAUUAUAUCAAGUCACGAAAAGGCUUACCAAACGCUGUAACAUUCGUGCGUGGUUUAGAUUUAACUGACGAGUUAACUAACUAACGCUAUAAUUAUAGUUAACUGAUAUAGUGAACUAGUUAACUAACCUCAGUUAAAUUCGCCAGUUAAAGUUAAUCUAACGCGCGGUCAAACACGACAUGACUUGCUCAACUUUCUUCUAUGUGAUUCUAGGUUUAUGUAAUGCCGGACAUUCGACCCACGUCAUAGAUCGUACGAUAAAAUCUGUCGGUUCCGACAAAAUCUGUAUGGUUUUGGCCUCUUAUACGAGUUGUUUAUGUCUAGGCGCAGGCGCUAUUUAUAAGCUAUUAAGCGCUUUGGAUGCCUAAAAAACUGACUUAGCAUACGAUUUUGUCGUACGAUUUAUCGUAUUGAAAAAAGGUCGGUUGUAGUUUCGUUUGUUUUUCAAAUACAUGCUUAGCUUCUUGAACUGUCAAUAAUGUUGUCUAAUCUGCAUGACCCAAUACAGGAUGUUGCAAAAAUGAGGAAUCAAAAUUAAACCACGCUAAAUAAAUACUAAUUAUUUUGGCAACAACCUGUAUUAAUUCAAUUUACGAAAAGCCUUGCCAUUCUAAACCGUAUUUCAAUCAUUAUAAGAGUGAUAAAGCAAUCGAAUACAGCAGACCAAACGUAAUGAAGACUUAAUCAGACAUGCCUUAUGAAAUUGUUUUAAAACCACAAUGCGCUUAUGAUACUGCCAAUACAGCGUUAAGUGUGUGUCGUGAAAAAAAAGCCCUUUCACCAACCUGUCCCUAACUUGGGCGACGAUAAUGAGGUAUAAAUAAGGUGCCGUUCAAGUGUUAAGUAACGCAAUUUGGAAGGGAGGGGGGCUCUUGUAAAACGUUACGAUGUUACAGGCGCGGGAGGUGGGUCGGACAAAGCGUUAUGUUACAUUGUUAUUUUAAGCAUCUCCCUCAUCAACCCUUGAGGCAUCUCAAUGUUUGCCGGCAAACAUGACAGCUACAUUGACAUUUACGUGUGUCACGGGAAUAUAACCUUAUAUACUACAUAAUAAGGUUAUUUUUCCGUGACACGAGUAAUGUCAUGUAGCUGUCAUGUUUGCCGGCAAACAUUGAGAUGCUUUAAGUGUUUAAACAGUAGCAAAGGUAAAUAGCGACUGUUUGAUACUUUGCUCAACAUAAUUGCAAGAAUUAGAAAAAAAUAAUAAUUUAGAGUUACGUAACUUUUGGCAGGGGGCGGGCGCGUUCGGGAAAACGUUACGGCGCGUUACAGUGGCGGAGGUGGUUCAAAAAUCUUCGAAAAUUGCGUUACGUAAUACUUGAACGGUCCCUAAGGAGUAAUAUUUCCCCAAGGUGCGUUGAAUGUCGCGUCCAAGUUAGGGAAACGUCGGCGAAAACGAUAAUCGUGAACUGCCGAUAAAAUCGUAUUUAAAAUGAGUCAAAUUAAGUAUAACAAAAUCUUAUAGUUAAAUGUUGCUUUUGCGCGAUGAAAUUUGAGCCUUAAUAUAACGAUAUAAGUAAUAUUUGAACGUAAGUUGGCAGGUUUGGUUGACCAUUUUGUAACAUUCGACCUCAACGAAGAUAUAACGACGCAAUAUUAGGAAAUGUAUUAUUUUUUUGUUUGUUACGCGGUUGGUUAAAUUAGAUUGUGUGUAUAUGUGCUUUAGGGGAUGGUUAGCAUGUAGAGCCGUUGGUCCUGCUGAUUUCUCUCCGGUCGUGUCGUCUCACCGGACUAUGAAAAGGAACAGAGAGUGCUUGUGUAUUGCACACACUCGUGCACUAUAUAAAACACCUUGAGAAUGGCCGCCAUAGUCGAAAUUCGGUUAAGAAUAAUCAUCGGGGCAUGAUAGAAUUACUUACGAAGUAUAUUCCAAUGAAAUCUAGACAAUCUGUCAGAAGGUUCAAAAAUAAACAUCAAAUAAAAAAAUCUACUUUUCAACUAACGGUUAGUUAUUUCAAACAAAAUAUGUACAGUGAAGUACUCAUGUGGUUGACAUUAAAUCUGAAAGCGUAAGAUAUAUUUAUCAAUAUAAGAUACAAACUAGUACUCAAUAAAUUAUUUAAAGUAUGUAACCGCCGCUCUCAGAAAACCAUCCCAAUUCUUUCGAUCCGUCGCCAAAACUGGCCAAUGAGAGCAAAGUUUUAUGAAACAAAUGACUGAUUGGUUUGUCGAGUUUGGAAGAUAGACUCGUUCAUAAGAACUGCCGUAGAAUGCCCGUAUAUUACUUCCUACAGCUUCAACACAGACAUUUUAAUCUGCAUUUUAUUUUAACUUGAAUGGAUGGAGGUGUUGUGAUCUAAAAUGUUAGAAAAAGUCAUAUAGUAUAGGGUGUGUUGGGUAACUUCGCAUCGGAGGACUGUUGCUUCAAAAUUAUGUGUACAAGGUGUAGAAACUACAAUGACAUACUAGUCAUUUUGAUUUGGAUUGACUGCAAAACAGCGACAUAUAAAAAUGCUACAAUUUAUUAGUCAUUUCCAAUUAUUAAUAGAAGAUAUAAAAUUCUCCAACUUUUAUAUUAUGGCUUCCAUCGUUUAUCAGUGAUUUUGCCAAUAUCGAGUAAUAGCAGAUUCAAAACAAAAAUAAACUAUAAUCAUAUGGCCAUUUUUUGAACAUAACACCUUCAUACGUUCCGUUUAUUUUCAAUCAAUUUCUGUCAACUUAUGUCGUAUUAUUGACAGUGAACGUAGCUUCGAACCACAAAUAUAGCAUGAAGGUAUACGCGAUCCGUGUUUAAUUGUCGAUGUUUGGUAAUAAUGGAUCAGUUAAACUCGGAUCGACGUUUGUAAGCAUGAAUUAUUAGUUUUAGUAUGUAAGUGUGAAGAUAUUUUUAAAUUUUUAUUAUAUUAGUUGCGUUGAAGUUUGUUUGUUUCGGAAUCGCGUGUUGAAUCGAUUUUGUGAAUUUUGUCAUAAAUAAAUACUGCCUUAUUAAUGUUUGAAAUAAAAACAAAAUAAGUAGAUUUUUAUUAACGAAGAAAAUAUUGAUUUAUUAACAAUAGAUGUGAAAUUAUGCAAACUCUUUUUUAUUUGAAUAUAAUUAUUUAAAAUUUUCAAUCAAGUCACUCUUGCCUUAAUAAUCGACUUGGUAUUUGUAAUAACAUUGCUUCCAAACUACAAUACUUAGACAUGGCAAUAACUUUUUUUUUAAUAAUGGAUUUUGCAAAAUUGUAAAUACGUUGGCAGCAGUGGCUUACAUUUUGUUUCGCGCGCGGUUCCAAAACAUAUUGCACAUAACAUAAAACAAAUCCACGUACAAUUCAUUGAAACAUGUUAAUUGUACGCAGGCGCGGAUUUGGGGAACCUUUAUGUGGUCAUUAAUUUUUUUAAGUUCCGUUUUUCGUCAGUAUGUUGUGUUUCGCCUUGUAGAGUAGCGUUAAGUGAUGUAAAAAAUUGUUUUCUUUUUCUACGGUUGUAUGUAUAAAUUUAGUUUUGGAUAAGUUAAUUGGUUUGAAAUUGUGAGUGUUUGCCAAAAAUCAUGUAACUGUGUUCCCUGAAUGCGCGUCGGUUGGAUUCGAGUUGAUGAAAUGUAUAAAUGAAAACACAAAAAAUUAUCAUUAAGUGUAGGUUAAGUGUUUAACAGUGUCUGGACAAUGGUCUAAUGACCGGACGUGUUGUAAAAACGAAUGCUUAGCGUAAGUGGCGGUAAGGCGGCGGGGGGUCCGGGCCCCGCGCCGGUACCUUAAGGCUGUAACUUAUAUAUUAUAUACAUAUUAUUAUAUUGAUAAAUAAAUUAAUUAUAAAAACCA